UCCGAGCGUUCUGACCUCACAACAGCAGUCAAACUCCCAAGCUAACUGGUUAAAUUGGCUAGCUACUUCCAGACACAAAAAACACCGCACUCUGACCAUUUUACUCGCCUUAGCAGAGCUGGUUAGGCUGUUUUCAUGUUAUCUAAAACGUUGGAGACUGUAACUGAUGCUGGCAAUAAUUUCAUAACGUUUUUUCCCCCGACGAUAACGUAUACAGGUCACAUUCGACGGGUGUUGUGUAUUUGUAAAUCCAUCUGUUUUAUUCUGUGCUCUGGCACACUCAGACGAGGGCGCUCUGAAAUCGGAAUAGAUAGAAUCAGAGUGAAUUUACGAAAGCACCCAUAAUUAGUUUGGCUGUCUGGAACGCAGCCACAACGCACAAAAAAGAACGAGCUAAAUUAUUUUAUCCGCAUCUGUGAGCUUGAGAGUGGCUAAAUAUCAAGCUAGACAGGAUGAGGGGGUUACCUUUUUUUCUGUCUCUCCUUGUACUUCUGAAAAUCGAAUUAAUCGUUGGAGUAUGGAGAUACAAUAAUAUUUUGGAGGAUGAAAACUUAUUUACACUACAAAAUGCGGUUUUCCUCAAGUACGAUGGAUCUGACUUUGUUGAAUGGGAGUAUCCAGAGUGUUGCAAUGUCAACAACAAAAGCUCCCCAAAUGCCAUCAUGAAAUGCACUUCUCCUGGUUUCCAAAUGGUAAAGCCAUUGGUGUCUUCACCAGAGGAAGAAGAGGCACGAUAUCUUUUCAUCAGUGAUUCAUUUUUCAGUUUUAUCUGGUAUGCUGUAGUGCCUAUUGACAGAGGUUCAGCAGAAACAAGCUCCAAGCAAGUGAGAAUGUGGAUCAUUGAUCCAGAGCAAGCAGACCCUGCUGAAAUUAACAAGACUGCACUUGUACCCUCAACGCAAUCCAGAUAUAUCACUAAGCACUUCUACAAUAACGGACAGUACCCAGUGAUCAAGUUCAAAUCUAAGCAGACUCACUUGGGGCAUUUCCAGAAAGAUGGGUACUGGGAAGCAGUCAUCCCUGGUGAUGAAAGAUUCAACGAUUUUCACAUUUAUGGUCAGCCAAUCAGUUUCCAGCUUCGCUUUGUCAUAGACAGUCAGCACACGUUCUACUGGCCAGAACCUGCAGAGCCCAAUGGGGAGAGGGAGGUGUCUUUGCGUCUGGCCCCAGGAAGCCCUUUAUCCCUGGUGUGGGGCACCUGUGAGCUCUACCGCGGCCUGCUCCUCUCCGACACAGGCGCCCUCAUAACCAAGAAUGCUUUCCUCACCUCUGAGGAGCUGAAGGUGGACCCAGGAACUUUGCCUGUCCCUCCCGAGGGAUAUUUCACUGUGGACCAAGCUGCUCUUCUUGAGGACGGCAUCAUAUUUAGAAUAGAUGGCGCCCUCUACUGGAGGGACAACCAGGAUCGUGUGCUGACAGAACAUCCUCAACUGCCCACGAGUGGAGUGAUGGGCCUCUAUCAAAGAACGUGCUGCGCUAGUAACUACCCUGUUCAGGAUGUGGAACUGAGCUCUUUAAUUGUGUGGAAAGACAAUUUGUUGCUUGUGGGUCCAAAGAAAUUUAAAAACCCGGGUAGGGAGAAUUUCCUAAAAAUUGUGUUGAAGGUUCCUCCAAGAGUCACCUAUUUAACAGCAUCAUUCGGUUCCCACCCGGCCUCCCUGGCCACUCUGGUGAUGUACUCCGUCCCAGGCGCUAUCUCACGCAACUUCCUCACCAGUUACAAUGAACUGGUCCCUAGUUGGAUAACCAGCACAUUCAUGACCAAGUUUAAGCUGAAGGACAUCCCUAAAGGUCCAUUUGAAAUGCGCUUCCUGGAAUCAGCCGAUGCAUCCCUGCUGCUGUGGAACAAAGAGACCAUCCUCUAUAGCUUUCACAAUGACAACGAGUGGGGCGAGAUCAGACCCUUCAACGCAUCACAUCUCAGUGCUGCAGCCUUUGGCAGUAAGAUUCACCAAGUGACCUUGGAUCACUCCUGGAAUAUGCUGGUGAAGAUGGAGAACAAUAUCCUGUUCUACUGUAAAGUGGGCAUGCACGAGGUGGUGCGCUUGCACAAGUGGAUGGAGCCGGACAGUCGCAUGGUCCUCUACCUCAACCAGAAAGAGCAGAUCAACAUGCUCACCCUGACACCUGAGGGGCUGCACGUCCAGAAGUACCCCAUGAUGAUGGAGACUAAGAGCGCCAUGAAGGGCAGCUACCAUGACUGUCCCUUCAUCUCCUUUGAGCACAGUAUGAACACCAUUUCCUAUAACAUGGAUAAGGGAGACCAGAUGGUUCUGUGGGCUCAGAUAGUCUACCCAGAGGGAAAAGGUGUGCACGUGAAGUUCCUCAGCAACAAUGCGGACCUGCUUUAUAUUGAGCAGAAGUCUCACUUUGAGGGUGUGAACAGUGUGGACACAGUGAACACGACAUUUAUAAUCAGCCAGAAAGUGGAUUACAGUGACGCAACGAGUUACACACAUUUGACAAAAAAAACAAGUGGCAUUGUUACCCUGGAACUAGUACCCAACCAGAUUGGCAACACUUGUAAUUUGCCAAUGAGUCGGAUAUCUCAUUUUAAUGUUGGCUGCCCACCAAAUAGACAUAUCCGUGUUGCUAGGCCUUGGGGAAUGCCUUGCGAGAUGUACAGCCUCACCAACUACACCAUUUUAGGGUCUGUACUCAGAGAUCCACAACAAGACGAUAUUGUUGUGCAUUACGACUGGGAGAAAUUUGGAUGUCUACUCAAAACGCACUAUAAAAAUCCAUUUCUCCCAAGCAUUGACCUGUACGAUGGAGACAACUAUGUUAGAAACGUCGACGCCAACUUCAUAGUAUGGGACAGAUUUGGUCGGAAGGACUAUUCUUUUAAUGCAACCAUGCGCCAGGUUGCCUGUCUCCGUGAAUCUCAGACCUGGAUCUCCAUGCUGACUGUGGGGAAAAGCCUGGAGGAGGCCUGGGGUCCGGAGAGCUACAGGACUUGUUUUAAGGUCAGCCCUGGCAAGUUGGGGAACCUGGACCAGCCUUAUGAAAUAAUGAACAGAAGCUCCAAAAAUUUUCUGACAUUUUCCCAGGUGGACAGUGCUACCUAUGUGUUUAAUGUCAAGAUACUGGACCCCAAUUACAGCUUCUGUGAUCUUCAUGCUGUGUUUGCAGUCCAGACCUAUGGCAUUACAAUUCCGAAGUAUCAGCAUCUAACUACAUAUGUGGCCAUUGUUUUUACCCUUUUCUCACUCUGUAUACUGGGCUACAGUUACUGUCGAUAUGUGACUAUUUUCAGGAAUCUGCUGGCAACCAAAAGGCAUAAAUAUGAAUAGGUCAUUCAAAUACUUUCACUAAAAGUGGUUUUAUUUCAAUCUUACUAUUUGUAAUUAUAUGUUUAAUGUCAGUUAUGUAUUUUUGAGUAAAGUAUUUUAUAGAUUGUUAUGGUCUCCAACAUGUCUCUGCAGUUAAUGAAAUUGAAAUAAGAUGUUUAAGAACCAAUCCCAAAAGUAAUGUUUAACUUUGAACUUUUUGUCUUGAUUUCUUGGUGCUUUUUCAAAAAUUGUAUAAUAAACCAAGGAGAAUAUAAACCAAA